GGCGCCCCGGGGGGCGGGGCCGGGAGCCCGCCGGCCGCGCCCCCGGGAGUGCUCCCCGCAGCUGGGCGCCGCUGGGGGAGAGACCAUGGGGAAACUGGUGGCGCUGACGCUGCUCGGGGCCGCACUGGCCCUCCUCGGGGAGAGGUUUGUGGCAUUUAGACAAAGAACUAAUGCACCUCGAGAAGUGGAGCCAGUAGAACCCCAGCAUUGCCACCUUAUUGAGGGACUUGAAAAUGGCUCUGAAGAUAUUGACAUCCUUCCUAAUGGGCUGGCUUUUAUCUCCACAGGAUUAAAAUAUCCCGGCAUGCCAAACUUUGCUCCGGAUGAGCCAGGGCAGAUCUUCCUGAUGGAUCUGAAUGAGCAAAGCCCAAGAGUCCAGGCACUAAACAUCAGUGAUGGUUUUGACAAAGAAUCAUUUAAUCCACAUGGAAUCAGUACUUUCACUGACAAAGACCAUAAUGUGUAUCUUUACGUUGUGAAUCAUCCCCACAUGAAGUCCACUGUGGAGAUAUUUAAAUUUGAGGAACAACAGCAUUCACUGGUACAUCUGAAAACCAUAAAACACGAACUUCUCAAGAGUGUGAAUGACAUUGUGGUGCUAGGACCAGAGCAGUUCUAUGCCACCAGAGACCACUAUUUUACCAACUUCUUCUUGGGAUUCUUAGAGGUGUUGAUGGAUCUUCACUGGACCUACGUGCUUUUCUACAGUCCAGGAGAGGUCAAAGUGGUGGCUGAAGGAUUUAGUUCAGCCAAUGGGAUCACAGUCUCACAAGACAAGAAGUAUAUCUAUGUAGCUGAUGUACUGGCUAAGAACAUUCAUAUAAUGAAGAUACAUGAUAACUGGGAUUUAACUCAACUGAAGGUAAUCCAGUUGGGCACCUUACCAGACAACCUAAGUGUUGAUCCCGACACCGGAGAUAUUUUGGCAGGAUGCCAUCCCAAUGCUGUGAAGCUGCUGAUCUAUAACCCUGAGGAUCCUCCAGGGUCAGAAGUACUUCGCAUCCAGAAUGUUUUGUCUGAGAAGCCCAGGAUAAGCACUGAGUAUGCCAAUAAUGGUUUUGUGCUGCAGGGCAGCUCUGUGGCUUCUGUAUACCACAGACAACUUCUUAUAGGCACCGUAUUUCACAAAGCUCUGUACUGUGUGCUCUGACUACAGGUAUCCCAGUAGGUCUACAUGUUUGGUAAAAAUGAACCCCUAAUUAUGUGAUAAGUGAAACUGUAAGUAAAUGACAAACACCAACCUUGGUAACUGUGGCAAAAUUACCUCCUCCAGUCCAGACCAGGAGAAAAGCUAAUGUUCAAAUAUUUACCAUUCCCCUUGUCCUCUAAUAGUGCAAGGCACAAACUGUCAGUCAAGUGCCCAGCCCACAGAUAAAAGCAAGAAUUGGUAUCAUGAGACUGCUUAAAGCCCCCUGAAAUUUGCGUUCUCCUCAGUACAGACAUGAAAGAAACCAGGUUCUGGAAAAUCUUACAGAGAAAGGCCUCAUUAGCUACUCUAGGGUAGGGUAGGGCUGAUCUGUUUCUCUGAAAUAGGUGUUUCUUUAUUUAUGGUGUUAUUCAUCUCUGAAGUAUGGUAAAGCUUGGCCCUGAACCAUAAGAUGGAACCUCAGGGUUCUUGACCUCCAAUUGCUUUAAACUUGCUUUUUUGCUUAAUUCAAUAAAUAGUUGUUAAGCAUUGUCCCAUAGACAUGACCCUAAGGAGUCAGAAGUAAAUAACACAGUUCUGGCUUGAAGUCCUGUCUUAAGGACCACUUCAACCUUUGUUUCAUGAGAAUGAAUUAAAGUGUCCCUUUCUUGAUCAAAAACCAGGACACCCUUUAGCAAGUCAUUAACGAGAAGCAGAAUGCUCAAGCACCCCACCCCCUUAUCCUUUUGUGACUUUUAUUGUCAAGUUAUGGGGUUUUUUUUUUCCCCUUCUGGGAAUGCGGAAUUGGUGAGGCCUCUUAAUUUUCUAAAAAAUUUUGCUCAGUUAGAUACAAGUUUUGGGGAAAAGUUUUGGGGCAGAGUAAAGUUGUACUAUUUGGCCCUUGUGAGUCUUUCUCAUUUAUACAGUAAAGUUGUAGUUUCCAUUGCUUCAGGGGAGGAAUGACAAAGCAGAAUGUGAUUUUCAGUUCUCAGAGUUUAAAUAUCAAAAGCCUAAUCAUCAGGAUAACACAGGAAAAAAUAAUAACUAAGAGCAUGUAUACAAUCAGUUAAAAAAUAUAUAAUAGUGUUUCUUUCUUUCUAUCCCUAAGCAUUACACCCAUUAGGUUGGAUAAUGUUUACCAGACUAGGGGAGAGAACAUGGAGAGUGAGAGACGGGAAAGCUAAAGGCAUUUAGAUGCUGGUGAUGCCGGGGUUCUUGUUUACGAAGCUGAAGAAUGAGCUUCACAAACACUCAAGGUAGGAGAGCAAGGUACAGGCUUUUAUUUAGAGAUAAAGUGAGAGGACAGAGCUCCCGGCUCAUGCCAGGAGGGGACAAGAGAGUCUGUGGUUGGCUCAUUGUCUAGGGGUUUUAUGCUUGGUUGAGGAUUUUCAGGAAUGAGGGUAAAGGGUUAGGGGUGCAGACUUGUCGAGUGGUCUCAGAAUGCUCAUUCUUGAUGAGUAACAGAGGAGAUUUUCAGCUCUGAUUCUUUCUCAAGAUAGCAGUUUCUCUCUGGGAGCAUGUCAAUUAAGAUUGCCUACCCUGCCCCCAAGGUGGGCUGGGUUUUUGCCUGUUUGCUGAAGUAAGUUAAGAAUCUUACUUCUUAACUUCUUGGGCUGUUUAUAGUUGGGCUUGCUUACUAAAUUAAUCCUUUUCCUAGGUUGCAGGUUACUUGAUUAGGAUCAGAGAAGGAAAUAUAGUACAUAUGUACAGUUAAAAUAAGCUGGGCCUUUUAGCAGGCUAAGGUAAAUUUUACAGUGAAGUCACAGGUUAUGCUGAGACACUUCUCUUUAUUUGCAGAACACUCAAACAUUCCAGGCCAAGUUGCUCCUGGCCUUUUGAGUUUUAACUGAUUUCACUGAAGAUGUCUAUAUUCCUAGUCUGGUAUCUUUACCCUAGAGAAUUAGUGUGACUCUGACGUUGCGUAAUGCUUAUCACAGAGUUUCGAUAGUGACCUCUUUGCACAUUGCUACAUUGUUCUGACUGUAAUUAUCUUGCUCUGCUUUUUCUCUGGGAGGCCCUCACCCUACUCUGCCUAAUCUCACAGUCCCUGUCUCACCGGUGGGUUCCUGAGGACCCGCCUACCCUGCCUUCUCCCCAGGCCAAGUUAUGAAAGACUGCAUGAUCAAACCACCAGAGAGGUAUGGAGGAUGGGUAGGCCUAGGAAAGUCACAAGGCUUUAGGGUUCCCCUUCCUGUAGGCACUCCCUAUCUUUAUGGGAUUAUUUUGAGCCACAUCCCUCACAAUUGUAACUCUGGGAGGAAAAUCCUGGUAUAAAGUACCUUUGAAACCAAAAUCAGUCAAAGGGAGAAAUAAAGUGUGAGAAACCUGCUUAUUUCUUACAAACAAUGCUGCAGAAGAAGAGGCCCCACUCAACCUCACCCAUCCAGAUAUGCCCAUGCUCCCACUUGUAAUUACCUAUUGAUAUGGAGAUGAACUACUUCUCUCCACCCCUUGGAAAUAAUUAUUGAUAUGGAGAUGAACUAAGGCCAGACAGGAGAUUCUGGAAAUAUUGCAACAAUAUUUUUUUGUGGGAAAUACCCACAACAAUAAAUGCUGCCUUUUGAUGAUUCACUGUCUCCCUUUUGUAACUCUGGGGUGGGGAGGAAUCCCUGGGCAAAAUACCUUUGAAAUCGAAUUCAGUCAAAGGGAGAAAUAAAGUGGGAGAAAGCCAUUAAUUUCUUACAAGCAGUCCACUUCUGCUCUCCCGUGUCUCUCACAACCCAGCUGCAGAAGAAGGGAUCCCACCCAACCUCUCUGGUCCAGAUAUGCCCUCACUAGCCCAAGUAAUUACCUAUUAUUAUGGAGAUGGACUACUUCUCUCUUCCCCUUGGAAACACUUAUUGAUAUGGAGAUACACUAAAGCCAAGCAAGAGAUUCUGGAAAUAUUGAAAUUUUACCCACACUACGUAAAAUAAACACAUUGCCAUUUCUACCCUGCUCACAAAAACUGUGCAUCAUCGUAAAAAUUUCUGAUUAUCUUAGAUGCUAAGUUCUGGAGUUACGUGUUAUGGUAUUUAAUCAGCUAAUGAAACAGAAAACUACUAUAACAUACAGAUUCAACAAAGGCCAAAAGUUCAUUCUUUUAAAAGAUUAAUAGAAACUAAUACACAUCUUGUGAGACUUAAUCAAGAUAAAGAAUGGCUCAAUGAUGCAAUGUCAGAAAUGAAAAAUAAGAUGUAUAGAUGCUAAGAGAGAUAAAAAGAGGAGGUGAUGAACCACUUUAUGCCAAUAAAUUUGAAACUUUAUUAAAAGAACAACCACCUAGAAAAAAUAUAGCACUCUAUUAGGGUAAGCCUAAACUAUAAAAUUGAAUGAUCAUUACUCUUUCACUUUCCAGUUCUCAGGAAAGUAUCUGAUGGGACAGCUUCCCUUUAGGGGGCCAUUCAGAGACAUCACUGGUCAGGAUCUUGCAGGGAAGAGAAGGCACCCUCAAACAGGGCUAUUGAGGGAAGUUCUUUAAGGGGACUCUUUACACUAUGGUCAGAAGUUUAAGGGAAACUAACAAAACACAGUACAAAACUCUAGUGCUGGCAAUGAGUGAGAGAGAUGGGGUGCAGAGAAGGCCAUGGUGUCUUUCAAACCCAAUGUAUGAAGGAACAAGAUGUGGAAACAGUUACUAGAAUCAAAAGAGGAGAGAUAAAGUGGAGCCUCUCCCAAUAAAUGCUGUGUUCAUUGGUAGAAGGAGGCAGCCAACCCGUGACACCUCAGCAGAGAGAGAGCAGAGAGAGAGAGCAGAGAGGAUAAAUAUCUUAACUCCCCUCCACACUAAAAGCCAGAAGACAAGGGACUAUUAAUGAAGCCCAUAAAGCCUCCAGGACACAGAGCAAUGGGAAGUUGCACAGAGAGUGGAUCUUGAGCAGCAAGUGGCUUCAUCAUGUUAUUGCACUAUUGCACAUCUGCAUGAUAGAAACUAGGUCACUACCAUCUCUAUGUGUCAUCAGACUGGAGAAGGAAGGGAAAGAGAAAGAGGACAGAGGGUCUCAAGGAGAAAUAACCAAUGUCUUAAGGCCCAGGACCAGAAAUGGGAGUCAUUACUUCCAUUCCCUUACCAAUAGUAAAAACUAACCACAAGGCCACACCUAACUAACUGCAAGGAAAAAUAAGUGAUGUAAUAUGACUAGAGAAACAUGUGCAAGGAAAAAGAAAUAAUAAAGUUCAGUAAACAAUUUGUAGUCUGUGUCACAGUCCACCCUUUGGCCACCAAAAACCCAUCUGCACUCUUCUCUUACACUUUGAAUUCCUCACCAAGGAAUAUAACCCGAAGUUCCAUCCCAUUUUUGCAUGCAGCUCAAAGCACAGAUCUUUGGGUGAUGCUUGACUUCUGCAUUAGGUUAGAUGUGGUUGCAUGUGGCAGUCUGAAAAAUAAAAUUAUUGACCAUACCCAACACCCUGCACCAACACAUUCAAUUACAAUGGUCAAGUACGAGCAGAACAACUAUAAUAAACAUGCCUAGGAAAAGAAAGGUGGAAUGGGAUACAUUAUGCAGUCAGUGCUUCAUUAUUCCUCCAGAGAGGGAUUGAGAAGCUUCUGGGCUUGGCAGUGAUGUAAUUUCCCAUGUCCUCUGUGGAUCCAAACUUUGCCCUUUGGAAAUUCUUCCUAGUGCAUUAUGCUUAAGGCCACAUCCGUACAGUGGUCUUUGGAAAGACUACAUGAUUUUAGUAGCCUCCUACAGGCAUAGGCUUGAGAAUCUGAGGACACUUUCAGGACGGGUUUUUUGUUGCUUCUGAAAGGUGAGUAUCUUAGAAAUUCGAUAGGCUUCUGUGGCUUUUGUUUCCAGCCAGUGCCCUGUGCCAACAGCAAAACUCAGAUUUCUUUUUGGAGCAGUUUUUAAGCCAAAUUUAUUUCCUGGUUUCUACAUCUAUCCAUUUCUCUCUCCCUCAUUUAAGUACUGUCUCCUUUUAGGCCAUCGGAAUGAUGGGUAAGAAGAGGCAGCCCCAUGAAUAUAGUCUUCCAUGGUGCUAGGUCCCUGGGCUUUCCUAACUGAUUGGCAUUUGGGGAAGGCCAAGAGCUGUAGCAAUCUUGCCUCCUGCUGUUGGGGCACAGACCAAAUUUCUACACCUUCUCUUAGUCUUCUGCUUUAUGCCUGCUAGUUCCUACCUGAGCACAUAAUUUUCUUUACCACCCUCUACAAAAAUCAUCAAGGAACAAGCAAUACACAUCAACAUUUGGUUGCUGUCUGGGUAAAUGGCCAAUCUUUUAAGUUACUUCAGGAAAUGGUUUAAUUAUAUAUUUUUGGUGAGGACAUUUCAGGGGUCUCCAGUUUUAUAGCCUGUGAUAUCUGUUUACUCAACUCUAGUCUAACCACAUGUUUAAGGUCACUUCAUAGAACCCUACUUCCAAGUUCAAAUUUCUAUAUUUUUAAGGUCACACUAAGCUGCUGUUAACAAAGUGACCUCAAAUAUGGCAACUUAGAGAAUAUAGACAUUGCUAAAAUGUAGUACAUCACAGUGGAUAAGAGCAUAGAUCAGAGAGCCCAGUUCUCUGGAUCUGAAUCCCAGUUCAGCCAUUUACUAACUAUGGAACUUUGACUUUCUCUGAGUCUCAGUUUUCAGAUCUUUAAAAUUGAAGCAAUAAUAGUAACUACCACUGAGGGUUAGUAAGGGGAUUAAGAGCACAUGUAAAACUUAGAACAGUGCUUGUUACAUGCCACUGUUGUAUAAGUACUUGCUAAAUUUAAAAAUGUAUUUAUAACCUCUUUCAUGUAAGAGAUGUCAGCUGACUGUUCUGAAACAGAUCACACGAAAAUUCUGAUCCUUGCAUUCCAGCAGUUUUCACACAGUAGCAUGUGUUCUGUGGAGCAUCACCAUCUUCAUGAUCAGUCAUCAUCCUGGAUUCUGUCCGAAGCAAAUGGGACACAGAGUGUGAGGACGCACACCAAAUGUCUCCAGGCUCAGCCUAGAAACAGCACAAACCACUGCCAUUGAUGUUCUUUUAAUAAGAGUACAAUUCUGUGGCUCACCUAAUUGGAAAGGAGACUGGGUAAUUUAGUUUAGCUGGAAGCCUUGUGCCCAGAAAGGAGGGAUUUGGAUAGAUAGCUAGACACUUCUACCAUAGUUCCUUUAACUGACUCAAAAAAGUUUGGAAAUCCUUAUAAUUCUGUAGGUAUUAAGAAAAUUGAGUUAGUAAUUUUAAAAUUUCACAUUAAAAGAGACUAAAAGCUAGAGACCAUCAAGUGUUAAGAAAGUUGAAGUGGAUGGAUAAAUUGUAGUAAGUUCAUACAAUGAAAUGCUAUACAGUGAUGUAUACCACAACUAGAACAACAUGCAACAACAGGGAUGAAUUUCUUAAAUAAAGUUGAACUACAUGAAACAAAAAUGAAUCCAUGUAGUGCUCACUUUGGCAGCACAUAUACCAAAACUAGAAUGACACAGAGAAGAUUAGCAUGGCCUUGUGCAAGGUUGACAUGCAAAUUCAUGAAGUGUUCCAUAUUUUUAAAAAAUGAAUACAUGUAGUAUGAUUUUGUUUGGUGGGAAUUCCAAAAGAGUCAAAAUUAAACAUGAUGUUUGACGAUGCAUGUACAGGUGGUUAAGUUAGAACAGGGAGGCAAUGAUUAUCAAAAAAGUUAAGGUAGUGGUUGACCUAGAGAAGGAGGGAAUUGUGAUCAGGGAAAGAAAGAUACAUGGAGAAGCGUCUAAGGUGCUGGUAAUAGUACAUUUCCUUACCUGAAUGGUAAUUCAUAUUUAUAUUUCUUUUAUAAUUAUUCUACAACUGUAUAUAUGGUUUUUGAUACAUUGUUAUGUAUAUAUGAUAUAUCUCACAAUAGAUUUUUCAUGCAUAUGGAAGAGCUAAGUCAACUUCAAAAAAUAAAAGUGAAUGGCAGAGAUAGAUCUAAUAAUAAAAACACUUAAGUAUUUGUGAAAGAAAAAACAAAGAGAUCAAUGGAACAGAAUAAAGAUCUCAGAUAUAUUUUUCUUUGAGGAAUUAAUGUAAGAUGAAGUUAGCAGUACCAAUUAAUAGGGAAAGGAUGUUUGUUUAGGAGAUGGCCUUGGGAGAAUGGACUCAUGUUACUGAUAGAAAUAAAGCUAUGUCUUACCUAACAUCACUGAGAAACAACCAAACAAGGGUCUAUAAUCUUUAGAGUUAAGAGAAGAUGAUGUAGGAGAGUACCUUUAAGACUUAAGGGUAGGAAAGGACUUCUGAAAUAAAAUUUCAAAAAUACAAACCCUAAGACAAGAAACCCCAAGUCUCAACUGAAUUUGAGUCACCAAAGUUAAGGAUUUCCUCUUAGGGAAGGACAGCACUGACAAAGAUAAUAGACAAAUAACAGAAUGAGAAAUAUUCGCAAUGUUAAACUGAGAAGGUAUUAGUAGGUAGAAUAUAUUGGGGAACUCUUGGGACUAACAAAGUGGAGGUGGUAACCCCAAGGAAUAAGAGGCAAAUGGUGUGAAAAGGCAAUAUACAGAAAAGGAGAAAAAAUGAAGGGCAUGAAAAAUGCUCAGAAUCUUUUGUAAUCAGAGAAGUGUCAAUUAAAACGGCACUAUUAAAUUACUUUAUACCUCUUAGACUAGCAAAAAUUAAAAGGCUUCAUUGCCAAGUGUUGAUUGGGAGGUGGGGAUGACCUCAUGCUUCAGUGGAAGGAGGGUAGACAGUUGCGGCCACUAUAGGUAAGACGCAGAACUCAAGGCAGCUUAAGACAUGUAAGUUUCAGAGCCACUUCUGCAGCCAAGGUCCGCUCUAGGAAAACAGAUGCUUGCGAUACUGCCUCUUCUCAGUUUCAAGCUGUGGUCUUGCUCAAGCCUUCUAAUUUACAGACACAAAAUGGCAUCCUGUACUGUGGUUUCAAGAGAGCUGGGGAAACGUAAGUUCUAAUUUCUACCUCUGAGGGGCAGGAAGAGUGGAGUCCACCCACCUCCCUGCCAGGUAGGGCUCAGGCACAAGUUUUUAUAAACUCUCCCUACACAAUUCUAACAUGUAACCAGGAUUUUAAAAUACUGCACCCAAAGGAUAUUGGAAAAGAAGCAGAAGGUGCUAUUUAGUAUCUUUACCACACCACAGAAAUGGACCUGUAUGCACACUCAGCAUUAUUGACACACUUGUGUUCAUAUUAUUUGUAAUAAUAUUGCAGCAGGAAAACAAAUCACUUACCUUGCCUUUUUUUUGCCAAAACUCAUUUUUGCCAUGCAAUGAGUUUGUUCAGAACAGCAGCUUACUGGAGAUGUAGAUCACCAUAAUCAGCCCAGUUAAGGGAAAGUCAUCCAAUUGAGGAAAACCAAAAGGAAAAGGCUUAAGUAGGAGCAGAGAAUAUAGUGGAAACUUAACACACUUUAGUCUGAUACUCUCUAAAACAGAUAAAGCAGAAAAAGUGCAGUCCAUCAGGGAUGACUUAGGAAAAUGGUGAAAUGAGUAUUUACCACAAAAUUGUGCUCACCAAGUCCCAGGCUUUGUCAUCCAGAGGAGCUCUGUAGUUUCUAACAACUAACUGGUGAACAUCUUUGAUUCCACUGAGAAGUAAAACCUAAAUGAAGGGCAGAAGAAGCAUUUUGUGAACUGUUAACAAUUUCCAGUACAGAAAUGAUAGUGGCUUCUGUAGUGAAUCUGAAGAUUGUGGGUGGAAUGUAAACUCAAAAUCUUUGGAAAAUACUAUUUUCUCUAGAAUCCAUUCAUAUGAAAAAUCCUUCUUUCCAGGGUUUUUCCUGAUGAACACUCAUUAAAUCAUGUCCUUCUGAAAUCCUCUCUCAGCUUCUACUUCUGAGGAAAUAGACACAGACAUUCAACCUGGCUUCUCUUUGUUCAAGAAAAGCCAUAUACUCACUUUCUCGACUUCGGUAGUGGGUUGGAUAACUGUUUCCCAAAUACCCUGGUUCUUUUCAUGGUGUGCUGUUCUCCGUGUGCUGAUGACACAUCUCUGUGCUGUUGAACUCAAGAGCGGCCAUAUGAUUGAUUUUGGCCAAUGAAAUGUUGGUAGAAGUAACGUGUCACUUCCAGGUAGAAAUUUUAAGAGCUAGGAUGUGUUUCCUCUGCCCCCAAACUGGUAGUGUUCUAGAAUGCCUAGGCUGGAUCCUGGAUUGGUGCUGAUGGAAAGCAGAGCUGCAGCCAGCCUGCAAUGGACAUGUACCUUGAGUGAUACAAACCAACAUGGAUAGCCUCUGUAGUAUGCUGCAGUAAUUGAUCUUUUUCAUUUGUGGUGUCUAGUAUUUCAUUUUAUGUGUCUACUAUGAUUAAUUUAUCCAUUCUACUACUGAUAGACAUUUAUGUUAUAGCCAGGUUUUUAAAGUAUUAUGAGCUAAGCUGCAAUAAACUGUCUUGUACAAUGCAUUUUAAUGCACAUAUGUAACAUUUCUGUGGGUAUGUAUAAUAUGCAGAAUUGGAAUUACUGAAUAAUAGGGCAUACAUAUGCACAAUGUUAAUAGACACUGGCAAGCAGUUUUCCAAAGUAGCUGUGCCAACAUACUCUCCCACUAAUAAGGCUGAGAGUUCUGUUUGCUCCAUUUCCUUGCCAACAUUUAAUAGUUACAUGUUUUCUCUUCUUCCUUUUUUAAAAAAAUGUUUAACUAUUCUUACGGGUGCACAGGAAUAUAUCAUUGUAAUUUUUAUUUGCAAUUUCAAGGUGACUAAUGGAAUUAAACAUGUUUUCCUGUG